AUGCUUACCUUCCAAAACGGACCGUAUUUCAUUAGUGGGAACCAAUACUGGCGCAAGCCUCAGCCUAGCACCUGGACCCGCGAACUGGCUCAGCGAGAUGGUGUAGACUCUGGAGCGUCUGUCAAAAUAUACCGUUCUACUAAAUGUCGCACCCUAUGCUCCGUCAUCAACCCCAACGCUCGCGAGGUUUUCGAGCAGAAGCCGCCAUCUGGUGAAGCACUCGACAGCUUUGGGUUUGAGAUAGACCCUCUCUCGCACCCAGAUCAAGUAAGUAAGGAAAUACUCGUUAUUAUAAGACGUGGGAAACAUGCCCAUAAUGUCGAGAACGUUACCGUCCCUCCCCAUGAACAGGACAUCCGGCAGUGGUCGGGCGGUAUGGAUUGGGAAGGAAUCAAGCGGGCAAGCUGCUUGGACCAGCUCAGAUACAUCAUUCCUGUUCAUCCAGAACUAGAGGACAUCGUUGGCACUGAUAGUGAUGACGAUGCUGACGAUUACAGUUCCAUGACCUCUUACGCCCUGAGGUUCGGAUAG